AUGCGAGGGGACAGACAGAGGUGGAUGCUCAAAACCGCGUGCGGGUCCGUCGUCGCCGGCGCGUGCGGGUAUUACGUGGUGCACGCGAUCAGAGACUCCCCGAACUACCGGAAGUUUCAAAAAGCGACGACGCGAUACGCGACGGCGUUUUAUGCCCUGAGUGAACUCGUACAAACGAUCGCGACGGAUGUGAGUGAUUUUGUCCUCAACGAGGAGGAGGAGGAGGAGGAGGAAAGGAACGUUCGAGCGGAGAGCGAAAGAGGAUGCGGGACGACGACGAAAACGUCCGAGGAGGAGGACGAACGCGAGGAGCAGCAAAUGCGUUACUCUAAACCGGUACCGAAACGAUUGCGGCGAAUGUUGCGGUGCGCUCAACAGCCGGAGGUGAUGGAGGCGGUGUCGGAUUUUAUCGCCGUCGGCGUGAUGAAGAGCGUGCAAAGAGCGAACGACAUCGGGGCGGGGAUUUCUCUUUUAGCGCCGAAUAGUUCGAGUAAUAGCGAUGAUGGUGGUAGUGGUAACGGGGGUUUGCGUGUGUUGGAGCAGAGAAUGGCGGACUUCGCAUCGCGAGUGACCGAGACGGUGUUGAAAACAGAAGAGAGCGCUUUGAGGUUUAACUCUAUUUUUACGAAUUGCGUGGAAUCGGUGGCGACAGUGACGAAGAAGGCGCUGACGUUAGGUGUUGGAGCGGAGGAGGGAGAGUCUCCUCUCACGUACGAAACCGUCGCAGACUUGGCCAUGCGAGAAAUCGAGAAGCGUAAAAAGUUUCUUUUUGAUCUCAUCGACGUCGGCGUGCGAUCGUUCGUUUCGGAAAAUCAACGAAACGAGGCGAAUCCGUUCAACGACGUCAUCAAAGCGUUAGAGACGAACCCUCAAAUCGGAUUCAAAUUGAUCGAUUCAGUCGCGACGAAAGUGGUGGAAACCUACGUAGCGGAAACACACAAGAGCGGGUUCGUCUCGGAAAUGGCGAGACAAUCGAAUAAGAGGAGAGGCCCGAGAAGUCGCGGAUCGAUCGCAGAUCUACCCGCGGAAGAGUUUCGCGCGAGCGCAAGUUUUGCGAUGGAAAAACGAUUGUCCAUGGGAGAAGAUCAAGAAGGACAAGGACCGAAGAAGAAGAGCGGAUCGCCAAAGACGCCGUUGGAAAGAGCGUUGGCGCAACAAAGACGAAGAGAAGAGGGAGAAAUCAAUGAAAACGACGAUGAUGAAGAAGAUCAAAAUGGAGAUAAAUCCAUCCCGGGAGACUCCGCCGGAGAUGUUCCAGACCAAACGCCUAGAUUCAACGGGUUACCGCCUCGUAGACCGUCCAACGCGAACCUCGCCGCGGAACAACAUCCCACAACGGGCGGCGGAAGUGGUGGGAACUUUCGAACGUUCGAGGGCGAACUGGCGAAAGAUCUAUUCGACGUCGUGAGAGCGACGCCGAAUUCGCGGAAGUUCGCGGUUGAAAUGGCCACGCAGUGCGUGCGAUCGGCUACGAGUGCGAUCGUUUUCGCGCUCGUCGACGUCGUGCGCGUCGAGCUUCGCAAAGUGUCCAGAGGCUUCCACGACUGGAUCCAAACCGGCCCGGAGUUUGACGGCAUCAUCGAUAUUCGCAUGAUAUGGGCGAAACGCAUGAUGAUGUUCGCCGUAUUCCUACUCAUGAUACGCGUCGUGUGGAAUUACGCCGUCGGAAACGACGUGCUUUCUUAG